ACUCUUUUUCUGUGCCGCAUUUUUGACGUCAUAGCCAAGCCAACCAGUUUCUCUACCCUUGAGUUUUGCACUGGCUUGCUGCUUUCUCGAUCUUAUGUCUUUCUUAUGGUGAUGGUAAGGAUAGAAGUACCCAAACUCAAUCCCGAUUUUUUUUGAGGACUGACGGAAGAACGAAAAGAAACACCCCCAUGAUGUGCGAAUUCGUCUUCAUUUUUAUUGGGAUCGGCAUCGUAACGUGUGGCGCACUAGCCGGCAUUGCAGUGGUCAUCAGCAAUGUUACGGGAGAUGACGAAGAACAACAGUACCUUUUUAUGUUUGUGACUACGCUUUCCUUUUGCUGCAUGGUUGUGAUUCCUCGUGGAAACCAAGUAUUGAUUUGUCAAGAAAAAGAAAUCUUUAUCUCGUCCAUCCAAUUUCCCCUCUUCAGGUGGAUUCGCAGUCUGUAUAGCAAGAAGACACGGGAUCGGAGGAAGCGAGACGAGCUUUACGUGAGAGCCUUGCUUGCGAGCUACACAUUAGAUCCCGCCGGGUUCGGACUCGGGUUCGGGAUAGGAGGCUAUGGGGCGGUGCCACCUGGGGGAUACGAGAAUGCGAACAACAUCCAGUGCGCGCCAUAGCAUUGUUGAACCAGUACUCAAAGUAUCGUUGUGCUUGUGUACUGCUGACCAGGACGAGGACGACGCUUCGGAGUUUGAAGUCUAGACAUGUCUGUCUCUUCCUCACUCAGGAAAAAAUGCAGACUCCCAUUGUUUAACAGCCCACACUUUUCUUUGGUCAACCAGAAACAUAAAAAUCUCGCGCAACGUACUUGUCUGUAAAGUUGGUACUUAUCUGGAUUACAGGCUACUCGAAUACCACCAUUCCGUUCUCAGCCCUUUGCCUCUACUAUGAAUAGGUUAUGAUUUGUUCAACUUCAAGUGUUCUACCUAGGAUCUCCUGGUCGAAAUGGAAAUACUCUGGUUUGAGAAAGCUGUGAAGAUGAUCUUAGACUGAUUCUCAGGUUCAC